AUGUCUUAUACGUCAAAGAGAAACAAAGUUGAUUCGAAUGCACUUACACAAUUUAAGCAAUCAGCUGCUGUUUGCAUUAAAGGCGAAUAUCAAACAUUGAGCACGAUUUGUUAUGUUUUAAAUUCAGGUUUAAUUCCACCUGACGCAGAAAUUCCUGAUUGCGUUUUACCAUAUAAUAUUUCCAAAAAAUUUGAGGACAAAAAUCCGAAAGAGAUUGAUUGUCUGAAAAAAUAUUUUCAAUGGGUUGAGUUAUCUUUGGUAGAUUGGGCAAGCUUUAUUAUCGAUCACCCUGAUUUAGAAGUUAAUCCUACUUUUGCUGAAAAAGUUCAUAUAAUUUUAGAAAAGAGUUUAAAAGAUAUUACUCAAAUUGACAAAGACAAAAUUCACGGGUUAUUUGUUCAUAAGAAAUGCAUUUCGACAACGCAUAGUAUGAAAAAGCCUGGCGAAACGUAUAUCCAAGAUGAUGAUUUAUUCACAGACCUACCAAGAAUUAAUUUCAAAAAUCGCUUAGAUUUGCAAAAUCUGAUGAAGUUCUUUGGUAUCAGAGAAGUUGUUGAAAUACAGCAUAUUCUCAAUUGUUCUUGUCAAGAGAAUUAUGAUCACAUGCGAAUUGUAAAAUAUCUUGCAGAAUUGGCAGAUAAUCUCCAAGAUGAUGAAUGGAAAAGAUUAAUGCACGCUAAAAUCUGGCCUAAAAAUAAGCAAAUAGAUUUGCAGAAUAAUAAAAUUGAAGAUAUAAAACCAAAAGUCCAACUCUAUACUGCAAGAGAUUUAUAUAUACCAUUGGAUUUAUAUCGUAAAUUUUGUUUACCUACUAUUGAAUGGAAAGAAAAAUGGGAUCCUAAUACUAAAGAAGCUAAAUUCUUAAUCAGGGUGGGAUUACAAGAACAUCCCAGCCUUGAAAAGAUUCUCGAACUUUCCGCAUCGCCAAGAGAAGAUUGUAAAAAGGCUUUAAAAUUCUUCAUUGAUAAUUUUGAUGAUAAAUAUUCUAUUGAUUAUAAAGCAGACGCAAUAAAUAUUGCGUUCUUACCUUGUUCCGAGCACAGUAGUUAUGCCAAGCCAUCGGAAUGUUUUGUCAAACCUGAUUGCGCAGUAAUGGGAUUUAAUGUUAUACAUCAAGAAUACCAAUCUAUAGCUGGAAAACUUGGUUUACAUCAACAACCUAAUCAUGAAGAACUUUUUAAAAAGCUAAUUAAUAAUACGCCACAGACUGAAGCUAAAGCAAGGGAGAUUUUUGAAUAUUUAGCAACACAGCGGGAUGAAUUUAUCCCAUCGGAGUGGAUCACUCUAAGCGAGUCUAAGUUCAUUCCAACUCGCAAUAAAGAUCAACCUGAUAUUAUCUAUGAAAGUCCACAUGGUUGCUUUUUUAAGGGUCAAGAAAAAAUGGGUAGAAUGGAAGAAAUUUUAGGUGAAUUCUUUACAUUUAUAAAUUAUGGGUGGAAAGCCAAUGAAUUUUUGCAAAAAUGUGGCGUCGAAAACGAACCAUCUUCAAUAACAAUCGCUGAUUUAUUAGUGAAAAAAUCUAUAGAAAUUUGGGAUUCAAUCGGAUGUAAUGCAGAAAUAUAUGAGAUUAUUUUACGGAAACUUUUUAAUGAUUAUAAUACUAUAGCUAGAAAUUCAAAGUUAAUUGCAGAGAUGAGGGAGAAACCUAUUUUAUUAGGUUUUAAACAGAAUUCUGAUUCUAUUGAUUCUCACUUGGCUAUAGCUGAAGAUAUUUAUAUAAAUGAUAGCAUGAUAUAUCAGGAAGUUUGUCACCUAUUGACAGCUCCAAAAGAUGAUGACAUUGAACUUUGGUAUCGAGAUUUGGGAUGUAAAUCAUUAAGUGAAUCUAUUAAAGAAAAAGUGAACAUAUCAGGAGCUAUUCGAGAAACAUCAAGCUCUCAUGGUUUACAAGAAAAGCUGAAGGAAAGAGCUCAUUUGUUCUAUAAAGAUUAUCCUAAAUACAUGAUUAAAAAAGAUGAAGAAUGGUUUAAAAAGCUUCAAGUAAAAGAGAUUGAACAAAUAGAAAUAGAAUAUUUAUUGAAAGUCAAAAGUAAACCAAAAACAAAAUAUGAAACUGCAUAUAUUGAAAGAAAGAAAAGAGAAAACAUGGACAUAUUCACUCUUUAUGUGACUUCGACACCAGAUUAUUCUGAUAUUUCACGACAUAUAGUUAAAAAUAUCUACAAAUCACAUAUAUUGAGGGAUAUCAUUUACAUUCAUAAUAUAUUAGAAGCACCUUAUAAGGCCAACUCAAAACAACAAACUUUACCACCAGACUUUAAUAAAAAUAUUAACCAAGAAUAUGAAGAUGAUCUUUACUCACCUACAAUAAAAACUACUUCUUUGGAUCCAAAAAUAGAAAAAUUGGUUUCUAUAUUACAGAAAAUGUUUUUGGACUGUGACCCUGAUUACAUUCGUCAAUGCCUGGUACAAGAAAAUGGAGAUCAAUUAUUGGUUAAAAACAAAUUAAUGGAAGGAAAUUACCUAAUAUUUUAUCAAGGUACUGGAUCAAUUGAUGCGUAUGAAAAAUAUUUUGGGUUGAAUUUUCUUGAUGAAGGAAUCAGUCAUAUAUCGAAACCUGAUAUUAUUCAGGAUGCUUUUCCAAUUUCGUUUAAAAGCUUUCAUCCAAACUUAGUUAGUGAAAGCCAAUCAAAUUAUUGCGAAGUCAUUCCAGGUUUGUUUGUGAGAUUUUUAGAUGGAAUAGAAUUUUAUGUUUCUAAAGGUAUAGAUCAUUCAAAUAUCUUGUCAUCAUGUCACACUUCAUUAAGUCAUUUUGUCAAGAUGUUAAAAGACCUUGUCAAAGCUUUUAAACUCGUACCCAAGUCCAUUAAUGUUUUCUUUGAUGACAAUACAAGUUCAAUCGUGUUCAAUCAGAAUAGUUUAUUAUUUUUCAAUUUCAAAUUUUACAAAGCAGAAUGCUCUGAAAUUGAAGCAAUGUCAUAUUGGUACAUGAUGUUUUGUCAUGGAUUAGCGCACAAUUUCAUUCGAGAUCACAAUUUUGAACAUAGA